CGAGCGAGGCAGCUAUGCUGGGCAAGGACUACAUGCUGGCCAUCAUCCUGGUCAACUGCGAUGAUAACUUGUGGAAUGACCAAAAUACAGAAGGAGAGAUCGACCUUCCUUCAGGAUGGAGGAAAAUCCAUGACUCUUCUGGUACUUAUUACUGGCAUGUGCCCACAGGAACCACUCAGUGGCAACACCCUUCUCGCACUUCUGGUUUGGGUCAUGCUGGGGAAGCUGCAUUUCCAGAAACGGACCUUCAAUCUGCUGUGGUUAGAUGUGUGCCAACAGAGACGCUUACCCCAAGCCCAGUGACUUCAUUCUCCAAGAGGAGGACCACACUGGCCUGGCACGAGGAGGAUCUUCACCGGGGCAACCCAGAAUCUGAUUCCAAGUGCUUCGUUGUGCGCUCCUUAGGCUGGGUUGAGAUUCCUGAGGAGGACUUGGCACCAGGCAAAAGCAGUAUUGCAGUAAAUAAUUGCAUCCAGCAACUUUCCCAAAGCAAUUGUGGCAAUUUUGGCCCUGCUGAUAGAUGGGGUGAGGGUCAAAACAUGGUGAUGAUUCUCAAGGAGGACACAAUGAACUUGGUGGAUCCUUUGGACCACAGCCUCAUCCACUGCCAGCCCAUCAUCAAUAUUCGUGUUUGGGGGGUGGGCUGCAACAAAGGCAGGGACAGGGAUUUUGCUUUCGUGGCCAGUGACAAGGACACGUGUGUGCUGAAGUGCCAUGUCUUCCACUGCAAUGUGCCUGGCAAGGCUAUUGCCAAAGCUCUGCAUGAAAUGUGCUCCAAGAUUAUGGCUGAGCAAGCAGUGGCAAGUAGCAGCCUCUCUCGAUCCAUCACCCUUGAAUCUAUUUCUCCAAAUGACAUACCUCUACAAGCUGAUAUAUUGGAUGUUGUAAGACAGUCUGUUCAGAAAUACAAAGCUUUAUAUAUCGGCAGCUUACCAGUAUCUAAAUCUAUGGGGAUUGAUGUGCUAAAUAAUGCCAUUGAAACUCUGAUGGGCAGCCGUAAGCGUGAGCAGUGGAUUCAAGCUGUGGUUAGCGUUUCAGAUUCAGUGAUGCAAGCAGAUCAGACUGAAGUAAGACUCUUUGAGUUUGAUCCUGAUGAGCUCAAGGCUGAAGAGGAGGAAGAUCCCUGCAUUUGGGAAUGUCAAGUACGCUAUGUGACUUUCAUUGGGAUUGGGAGAGAUGCCCACACAUUUGGACUUAUUGCGGACAUGGGGAAACAACGUUUCCAAUGCACGGCCUUUUGGUGUGAACCAGAUGCUGGAACCAUUUCAGAAGCAGUACAGGCUGCAUGUAUGGUCCAGUAUCAAAAGUGCUUAGUGGCAUCACGAAUGAGAACAAAAAGUAGUUCACACUCCAUAAUGAAGCUGAAAAGGACAAUGUCGCUCGAUUCACCCGUUUAUUCAUUUCCCAUCACAGGACCUUCCUUGCAGAAAACCAGCAGUGGGGCCACAACAUGCAAGAGGGGAAUGUUCUCUUUCUUUGAAACCUUCCGCCAAAAACAUUCCAUGCUACCCACUUCCUAAGAUGGAAACAAAGUCUGGUGGUCUGAAUGCCCCUUAAUGGCACUGUCCUCUGAUGUCCGGGCUACAAAUGUAACUAGCAUAAUUUUGUUUGUGAAACUCCUUCACUGAAGCGAAAAAACCAAUACAGCCAAACAAAACUGGAUCCUAAGAAGGAUCCUGACAGAUUCUGGACAUGCUACGCAUAUUUCUUCCA